UAUGUUCGAAUUGGAUUUAUAGAUUUAUUUAUUUAUUUUAGUGAAUUUGGAAGUCGAAAAUGGCCUCUAAAGGGGGCCCCAUGGUCUUGGGGACUGAUGGGACGGAUUUUUUACACAGGCAACGCGUUGCUGCACAAUAUCAGAUAAGUGCUCUGAAUAAAUCUAGAUUGAAAUAUUGUAUAUUUUUCCACUAUCUACUCUUCUUUGCGAUGCUUGCAAAGCUUUCCGCAGACAUCUUGGACAGACUGGAUAUUUUUAUAUUAGAAAUCGAGGAAUUAGAAAUUCCAACGCCUUUAUGGUGGGAAUACAUCUGGUGCCUAUCAGUCGUCCUAUCUUUUGUUGGUCUGACAGCAGCCAGAAGAAACCGAGUAGCCCUGAUGCAACGAUACAUGAUAGGAAUAGUCGUGCUGGGUUACUUGCCAUUGUUAUAUUGUUUUAUUUAUUAUUGUGGAGACGUUUUAGAGUAUUUAGCUGAAGGACAAGACGCUGAGGACAUUAUUUUGUGGCAGGGUUACCCUUACGGUUUGCUGUGGUACGGUUUUCUAUUACUAGCAACGCAAGUACAUUUCUUCUCGUUAUACUUUGCCUGGAAUUUGGUGACAGCUUGGAAGUCCAAGGGGGCACGAAAAGCUGAAUAAACGCUAAAUAAACGCUAAAUAGAAAUAUAAAUAUGUAUAUAGUUUACGCAAUUUGAAGACAGGUAUAUUAAUUAGAUAUAUACUCAUUGUUUAAUUUUAUUUCUGUUACGAGAAACUGCCAUCGAGUUGUAUUAUAAAAGAUUGUUUUAUUUUGUUUAUUG